AUGAAGUGGUUCCUAUCCGUGGCUAUUCUGAUCCUCAGCGGAAUCAAUGUUCAUGCGGUGACAUCGGCGCAACCCACCCCCUCACUUCCAAAAGAGAAAGGUAUAAUUAACAAGAUCGACGUCGAACCUCUUGUUGACGAUACUACCCCGCCAACGAAUAAAUCAAACGGAUGUGACAAGAAGGUAGGCGCUGCGAACGGCAAUCCAACUCCGUUGCCGCCAAAAGAGAAAGGUAGAAUUCAGCCUUCUUGCGUCCCUCGUGCUUUCGACGACACGAAACCGCCUGCGGAAAAGAUAACGAAUACUGGGGGCAACGCAAAUCCAUCUCCGUCGCCGUCAUCGCCUAAAGAGAAAGGGAGAAUUGUGCCUUCCGAUGUCAUUCACGAGUUUGACGACACGCAGCCUCCUGCGGAAAUGAUAACCAACACUGGGGGCAACGCCAAUCCAACUCCGUCAUCGCCAAAGGAGAAGGGGCAGUUUGUGCCUUCCCGCGUCCCUCAUGCUUUCGACGACACGCAGCCACCAACGAAUAAGCGUAGCGGUGCUAAAGAGAAGGCUGCGGUAGCGUCUAAUGGCAGUCCGUCGCCGUCGGAUCCAAAAGGUAAAGGGGAGAUUUAUUCUUCCGAAGUCCUACCCCUUGUUGACGAUACUCAUCCGCCGGCGGGGAAGGUAACCAUUGGUGGUGCCAAGGAUGCUGCCUCGAAUGGUGAUCCCUCUCAGCCUGAUCCAAAAAGCAAAGGGGAGAUUAUGAGGGAUGCGGUCCGAAGACUUGUUGACGACACAAGACCGCCAACGAAUAAGCCUAACGGUGCUGGCGGGAAGAUUGCAGGAGCGUCUAAUGGUGUUCCGCCGCCGUCAGAUCCAAAAGAGAAAAGGUGGUUUGUGCCUUCCGUAGUCCCGUACCUUGUUGACGAUACCCAUCCCCCAACGGAAAAAAUAACCAACACUGGGGGCAACGCCAAUCCAACUCCGCCGCCGCCUAAAGAGAAGGGGAGAAUUGCGUAUUCCAGAGUCGAACCUGCUUUCGACGACACACAGCCGCCAACGAGAAAGCCAAACAAGGGCGGUAAAAAGAAUCAGGCAGCGUCCUGGGAUACCCGUAGGACUACACGCAACAUCCGCAGCAAUAAAUUUUGGACCAACGACCAAGAAUGGGUUGGAAUGGCCUCACUAUAA